CAGUAGUUUAUUUGAUCCGCAGAAUACGAUCAUACAUCUUAGAUUUACGCACAAUAAUUACAUGUUAGAAAAAUGACGCGACAUCCUUUGAUUUUAUUCGCAGUGUUAUUAUCAUACUCAGUCUAUUCCACUGGUUUGGAAUUUCCAUACAAAAACAACUCGCUAUUGACACUUGAUUGGUUCUAUCAUGAGAAAAACUUUACCAUACCAUGCUCUGAUACAGACGAAGUUGAAUGGAUAGUUGACACCACUUCAGAUGCAAACAAUUUUAUACAAGUGCUGUCGCCGAAUAAGAAGAACCUCGUAAUUGUAGAUGCCAAAGACGACGACACAGGGGUUUAUAAGUGUGUGUCUAAAAAGGAUCCCAAAGUGUUCAUGAAAGUUGUACUUCGCGUUUGGGAGGGAUGAUCAUCAAGCAUUCAAUUAAUGUUCAUAUUGAUUUAAUCCAGUUGGAAAUGGUCUAUGAAAUAGAAUCGCAAAUAAUAAUCAACAAUGUGAAUAUUAAAAAAAUUGAUGUAUUCGAUUACCUACACACUACGGUGUAUAAAUUAAGUUAAUGUAUUUUGACGAUAUCAAUUUAUUGAUUGAGAUGACAUCGGAUAUAAUCGUACGUGGGUCUAGUGCUGUUUUUCUUUUUAUUAAAAUCUGCUUCAUUAUGAAGUAGGUACCUAAUUUAUUUCAUUUUUCUAUAGUCUUCUUCUUCUAUCAAUGUAAAAAAAAUUAGUUUAAAAAAUGAAAAAAAAAAUGUACGCUUGUGUUUCUUGAA